CACAAGAGGACACUGCCAGUGAGGACACCCCUCCUUCAUAUUUUUCCGUCGUCUCAGACCAGGUGGGGCAUCAUGAAGACCACCGUCGCCAACGGGCGUGUCACUGUCGAGCAAGACACGUUCCUCAUCCCUGACCUGACCGUCAAGGACCUCCUUUCUGCCAUCCCGAAACAUUGCUUCGAGCGGUCGGCCUUCAGAUCCUCGCUCUACGUUGUCUGGGACUUUUUCCUCGUCGCUUGCAUCUGGAAGGCCGCGGACUACCUUGAUUCGUUCAUUACACCCGAGCAGAUCAGUCUCCCUAGUCCCUACCUCUACACCUUUGCACGUUUCGUGCUCUGGUCGCUCUAUGCGUUCGCCAACGGUCUCGUCAUGACCGGUCUCUGGGUCGUUGCCCACGAGUGUGGCCACCAGGCUUUCUCAGAGUCCAAGUUUGUCAACAACGCCGUUGGUUGGGUCCUUCAUUCUAGUCUCGGUGUGCCUUAUCACUCGUGGCGUGUCAGCCAUGCCAAGCACCACGCUUCCACCGGGCACAUGACCCAAGACCAAGUUCACGUCCCCAAGACUCGCUCGCAGCGUGGCCUGCCCGAGUUCAACCCCGAAGGCGAGAAUUUGGAAGGCUCUUCUGUCACUCAGGAGGUCAUGAAGGAGCUCUGGGAGGCUUGUGGCGACAGCCCUAUCGGUGCCACUCUCGAUGCUGCCGGCUACCUCCUCUUUGGCUGGCCAAUGUACCUGUUUACUAACGCAUCUGGUCAGAAGCGCUAUCCUGGCGGAACGAACCAUUUUAACCCCAAGUCAAUUAUCUUCUCUCCCCACCACUUUGGGCAGAUCCUCCUUUCCGAUGUCGGCGUCAUUGUGUGGAUACUUGCCGUCGGUGCCUCAACCUACCACUUCGGCUUCGCCAGCACCUUCCGCCUCUACCUCGCGCCUUACCUCUGGGUUAACCACUGGCUUGUCCUGAUCACGUUCCUCCAACACACAGAUCCGCUCCUUCCCCACUACCGCGCCUCCGAAUUCACCUUCCCGCGUGGUGCGCUCUCGACGCUGGACCGCAACCUACUCGGCGACCUCGGUAGCUUUAUGGGAUGGAUCGGCGCUACCACGACGCACGGUAUAUCCGAAACACACGUGCUGCACCAUGUCAACAGCAAGAUCCCGCACUAUCACGCGUGGGAGGCCUCUGCUGCUCUUCGCAAGCGUCUCGAACAAGCCGGCAUCAGCAGUCUCCAGGGCAGCCCUGGUGGCUGGGCGGAAAUGUAUCGUGUCUUUCGCACGUGCAAGUUCGUCGAGGAUGAUGGUGACAUUGUCUUCUACAAGAACGCGUACGGCAUUGCGCAGACGCGCCCUGUGUUCCCUGAUCACAGUGCGAGCGACUCUGGAGUCGAAGUGGAUACCGGCAAGGAGCUCUAAUCAUUUGACGCUCUCUCGUUGCUUCGCCAUCGUGUUGCAUUGUUCAUCACCUCUGUCUUGCAUCAUCCUGGGUUACUUCGGUCGUUCGGUUAUUAUGGGACAAGCUCGGAAGGCCUGUUAAGACUGCGCUUCAUGAGACUUGGAGAAAAACGUUUAGUAAUUACGACUAAAGGGUGCGCCAGGCAGCGCUGUACAAUGGAAAGGGUUCAGGCGAGUGCAAGCUUGCGACUUCCGCGAUCGGUCUCUUAGGGCAGCUUAGGACAAAACCUUCGGGCAAUAGAUACUUUGUGGCGUGAAGUGGCUGGCGUAAUUUGAAACCAUCGCUUUAUCUUGCCUCGCUGUACAAGCACCCCGGCUGCUCCCUC